CGCCUGCGCAGUCUCCCACCGAAGCAGCAGCAGAAAAUGUGGAGACUGACGCGACGAAUGCGGCCGCCUUUCAAUUCCGGUCGCCGGAUUAUCCGCAACUUCCGGAGCCGCGCCGACGGAGAUGCCACCGGACUCUAUGGCUUUGAUCAUCUCAAGACGGCCAAAGGGUUUCAACGCUUCGUCGCCGAUGCUAUCGAAAGGUCGGGCGAGUUGGUGAGUUACAUAUCAAGAAUGCCGUCAUCUGCAGAAAUCAUACGGGCAAUGGACGAGAUUUCAGACACGGUUUGUUCUGUUGUUGACUCGGCUGAACUCUGCAGACAAACGCAUCCAGACAGGGAAUAUGUUGAGGAAGCUCACAAAGCAGCAGUAAGGAUGAACGAAUAUCUGCAUUAUCUGAAUACAAACCAUUCUUUGUAUCAUGCGGUGAAAAAAGCAGAGCAAGAUGCUAGCUUGCUUUCUACAGAAGCGUCUAGAACAGCUCACCACCUCCGGAUGGACUUUGAACGUGGUGGAAUCCAUCUAAACCCCGAGAAACUAGACAAAGUGAAUCACUUAACCAUAGACAUUUUCCAGUUGUGCAGAGUGUUCAGUGAAAAUAUUGCCGAUGAUCCUGGUCAUGUUGAUGUGUUCCCUUCAUCACGUAUCCCCAAACAUCUGCAUCAUCUUCUUAGCCCGAUACAUCGAUCUACUUCUGAGGGGCCAAGGGGGUCUUCAAGAUUAUUUCAUAACAGAAAAGAGAAGGGAUACCGUAUAAUGACUGAUGCACGGACCGUUUCCUCUGUUUUGCAAUGGACACCGGAUGAAGAGAUUAGGAAGAUGGUGUAUAUUGAAGGGAACUCUGUUCCUCAGGCAAAUCAUGGAGUUCUUGAGAAACUCAUUGCUGCACGCCACGAGCUUGCCCAGAUAAUGGGGUGUAAAUCUUAUGCUGAAUUUAUGGUAGAGCCAAAUCUGGCGAAAUCACCAAAUGUUGUAACAUCCUUCCUGCAAGAACUAAGCAAGACCGUCAAGCCAAAGGCAGAUGAGGAAUUCAGGGCCAUCAGAGAUUUUAAAAGACAGAAAUGUGGUCAGGCAGUUGCAGAGUUAGAACCAUGGGAUGAGACUUACUACACAGCCAUAAUGAAGUCAUCUGCUUAUGAUCUGGACAGUAAUGUUGUAGCAUCAUAUUUUCCUCUGCCACUGUGUAUCGAAGGCCUAAAAAUUCUCGUUGAAUCAUUAUUCGGUGCAACAUUUUAUACCGUUCCUCUGGCUCCGGGUGAAUCGUGGCACCCAGACGUGCUUAAAUUGUCUCUUCAUCACCCUGACGAGGGUGAUCUUGGGUUUCUUUACCUUGACUUGUACUCGAGGAAGGGCAAGUAUCCAGGAUGUGCUUGCUUUGCCAUCAAAGGAGGACGCAGAAUCUCCGAGUCUGAAUACCAACUUCCCAUUUUGGCUCUUGUUUGCAACUUUUCCCGAACACGUGACACAUCAACCGUGAAGCUUAACCAUUCCGAGGUUGAAGUCCUGUUUCAUGAGUUUGGACACGCACUUCACUCCCUGCUCUCACGAACGGAUUACCAACAUUUCUCGGGUACCCGUGUAGUUCUUGACUUAGCAGAAAUGCCUUCAAAUCUACUCGAAUACUAUGCAUGGGACUAUCGGCUCCUGAAGAGAUUCGCUCGGCACUAUUCAACUGGUGAGACAAUUCCCAAGAAGUUGGUGGAAUCAUUACAAGGAGCGAAGAACAUGUUCGCGGCAACUGAUCUGCAACGUCAGGUGUUUUACGCGUUGAUCGACCAGAUGAUGUUCGGGGAACAACCCGAGAUAGGAAUAGGAAGAGACGUGAGUUCCCUCGUGUCCGGUCUGAAACAGCAGCAUACGAGCUGGAAACAUGUGGAGGGAACACAUUGGCACAUACGAUUCUCUCACCUCCUCAACUACGGUGCAGGCUACUAUAGCUAUUUGUACGCAAAGUGUUUUGCAUCGACGGCAUGGCGGAAAAUAUGCGAAGAGGAUCCGCUCUCGCCGAGCACUGGAAGAGCUCUGAGAGAGAAGUUCUUCAGGCACGGAGGGGCCAAGGAUCCGGGCGAGCUUCUCAAGGAUCUAUCUGGUCAAGACAUCAUCAGUUUCCGCGAUGGAGGCAUCGUUCCCGACACUGCUUGCCUGCUAGAUGAGCUGAGACUAUAGCGACAAUGGACUUCGUCCGCAUGUUGUCUGAACAGUAAUGGCACGCGAUUGAUGAUUUGUCUUUAGAGAAACGUAGAAUCAACUGAUUUCUAAAUAUCAUUCCUAUCUUAAGAGUCUUCAAACAACAAGUGGAAGAAUUUGAAAGCUUAUCGCAUUCGUUGUGUCAUCAGUCUUCAUGGUUCGAGUUUCCAUGCAGUGCUGAAUUCGGACAGAAGAUUUUCCAAUUUGAUGGGAACUAGUCAGCUAUAUGUGUUUUUGUUGUCUCUGUUUCGGACAGCCAGAAAGAGAGGGAUAAGGAAGGAUAAGAGUUGUGCUUUCAGUGAUCUGUAUACUGCCAAAUAAAUACCUGUAUGUUUGAUGGGGUUUGGCAUUGUUA